UCGCAGCCCGUGCACGCGUCACUCCAACUUCAGCUUCUCAAAUCCGGUUCCAGCUGGGACCCCAAAAUCAGAAAGCGCCUCCCGAUUCCCAUCCCCAUCCCUCGCCGUCAAGUCUGCCCACUUCACCAACGCUGCACACAGGUGUCCGCAUUGCCGGAGGCGCUCCAUACGUGCUUAUUUGGAAAUGAGUAGAAGAAACCGGUGUGGAGGCACUAGAGUAGCCAGCCCUGUGAGCAGAGAGGCCCCUGGUCAGGCCCCGAGGGGCCCAUGGCAGGCAGAUGGCUGGCUCUGCUCUGGGCUCCUGGCUUUAUCUGUGUGGCUCUGAUACUGGAGACGGCAUCUGGGACCGGAGACCCAUCCACAAAAGCCCAUGGACACAUCCAGUUUUCAGCCGGGAGUGUCAACCAGAUUGCUAUGGCAGACUGCCGAGCCGUGUGUGGCCUGAACACAUCUGAUCGCUGCGACUUUGUCAGGAGGAAUCCCGACUGCCGCAGCGAGGCGGGCUACCUGGACUACCUCGAGGGCAUCUUCUGCUACUUCUCCCCCAACCUCCUCCCUCUGGCCAUCACCCUCUAUGUUUUCUGGCUGCUUUACCUCUUUCUGAUCCUGGGAGUCACUGCGGCCAAGUUUUUCUGCCCUAACCUGUCAGCCAUCUCCACCAACCUCAAACUCUCCCACAACGUGGCAGGUGUCACCUUCCUGGCCUUUGGAAAUGGCGCUCCAGACAUCUUCAGCGCUUUAGUGGCUUUCUCAGACCCACGUACUGCCGGCCUGGCCAUCGGGGCUCUGUUUGGUGCAGGGGUGCUGGUCACCACUGUGGUGGCUGGAGGCAUCACCAUCCUGCAUCCUUUCAUGGCUGCCUCCAGGCCCUUCCUCAGGGACAUCGCUUUUUACAUGGUGGCUGUGUUCCUAACCUUCACUGCACUCUAUCUCGGCAGGAUCACACUGGCGUGGGCACUGGGCUACCUGGGCCUUUACAUGUUCUACGUGGUCACGGUCAUCAUCUGCACUUGGGUCUACCAACGGCAGCGAAGCAGGUCUCUGGUCCACUCCAUAUCAGAGACACCAGAGUUGCUGUCUGAGUCAGAGGAGGACCAGAUGUCUUCCAAUACCAACAGCUACGACUAUGGAGACGAGUACCGGCCUCUGUUGCUGGGUCAGGAGACCACUGUCCAGAUCCUGAUCCAAGCCCUGAAUCCCUUGGACUACAGGAAGUGGAGAACUCAGUCGAUAUCCUGGAGGGUCUUGAAAGUAGUCAAGUUGCCCGUGGAAUUCUUGUUGCUGUUCACAGUACCUGUUGUGGACCCCGACAAGGAUGAUCGGAAUUGGAAACGGCCACUCAACUGUCUGCAGCUGGUCAUCAGCCCCCUGGUCCUGGUCCUGACCCUGCAGUCGGGGGUCUAUGGCAUCUAUGAGAUCGGUGGCCUCCUUCCUGUCUGGGCUGUGGUGGUGAUUGUGGGCACAGCCCUGGCUUCAGUGACCUUCUUUGCCACGUCUAACAGAGAAGCCCCUAGACUGCACUGGCUCUUUGCUUUCCUGGGUUUCCUGACCAGCGCCCUGUGGAUCAAUGCAGCCGCCACGGAGGUGGUGAACAUCUUACGGUCCCUGGGUGUGGUCUUCCGCCUGAGCAACACCGUCCUAGGGCUCACCCUCCUGGCCUGGGGGAACAGCAUUGGAGAUGCGUUCUCGGAUUUCACGCUGGCCCGCCAGGGAUACCCUCGGAUGGCCUUCUCCGCCUGUUUUGGGGGCAUCAUCUUCAACAUCCUGGUCGGUGUGGGGCUGGGUUGCUUGCUGCAGAUCGUCAGGAGCCACGCCGCGGAGGUGAAGCUGGAACCAGACGGACUGCUGGUGUGGGUGCUGGCCAGUGCACUGGGCCUCAGCCUGGUCUUCUCCCUGGUCUCUGUGCCGCUCCAGGGUUUCCGGCUCAGCAAGGCCUACGGCCUCUAUCUCCUCCUCUUCUACGUCUGUUUCCUUGUCGUGGUCCUACUCACGGAGUUCGGGGUGAUUCACCUGAAGAAGGUCUGACUGAAGCUGCUUGGCCUGGAGGUUUAGGGGUGAUUCUGCUUAGCCUCCUGAGGGGGAGAACAGGUGUGGGGAGGGGAUCCUCUGUGGUUCCCGGUGUAGCUCCUGAGAAGGCAGUCACUGGCAGAGUUCUGCAUGGAUGGGAAGGUCCUGACUGCCGGCACCCAACAGCCUUAGUGUGGGGAUCUGGAGGCUGGCUUUAAUGGGGACAAUCCCAGGUAGGAAUGAUGAGAUCUGAAUGACAGCGGAGGCUCUGGGGGGGGGGGGAG